AUGGUGCAGCGGGUUUCGAGGUCCUCCGGGCGUAUUCUCCUUGGCCUUUGCAGCAGGCCAAUUGCAACCCGCGCCCCCUUACUCGGCCGCGAACCUGUCGGCCGACAAUAUGCUGUUGCCAGCACCACGCAUGCUGGUGCAACGGCAGCACCAACUCAGUACUCGCCUGCGACAAAACCCCCGAGCGCGCGACCGGCCGAGACCAGAAAAAGCCAAAUGAUCCGAACCUACACAUCUCUACUACGCACGACGCCCUUGAUCCUCUUCUUUCAGCACAGCAACCUGACAGCUGUCGAAUGGGCUGCUGUGCGAAGAGAGCUUAAAAAGGCCGUAUCAGCGGUUCCCUCUACGAUCGCCGGGCCAGAUGGACAACCGAUGGAUAUCAGCGGCCGCGUGCAGCUGCAGGUGUUGAGGACAAAUAUGUUUGACGUCGCCCUCAAGAUUGUCGAAUUCUACAACCCGGAGGCUGCCGCGGCUAUGGGCACCACUGCGCGCACUGCGAGAGGUCCGAUUGUUCACGAUCUAUCCGAGGCGGCAUACCAGGCCAUCCACAGGGCCGAGGCGGCUCCCGAAUCAGCCUACAGCCAAAUAGAGCCGCUAAUGGUAGGCCCCGUUGCGGCACUCGUCAUGCCAGCAGUGUCGCCCGCGCACCUUGCUGCUGCACUCAGCAUCCUAUCACCAGUCCCUGGCAGUUUCCCAGCACCGACGAGAAAGAAGAACCCCGGCUACCAUGACCCUAUUUGCCAGAACGGCCUCGCCAAGUUGAACCUGGUUGGCGGCCGCAUCGAGGGCAAGGUCUUUGAUCAGGCCGGCGUCAACUGGGUUGGCGGUAUUCCAGGCGGCCUGGACGGCCUGCGUGCUCAGUUGGUUCAUGUCUUGCAGAGCGCUGGUCUUGGUAUCACUGCCACGCUGGAGGGAGGUAGCAAAAACUUAUGGCUGGCUUUGGAAGGCAGAAAGGAGCAGCUCAAAGAGGAAUAG